GAGCGCCGCCCCUGCCUAGCCCCGCCCGGCGGCCGGCCUCUGGCUUUGGCUCUCCCCGCCAGCAGCAGCAGUCAUAGCAGCGAUAGCGGCGGCCGCGGCGCGCCCCGCCGCAGGGGAGGAUGAAGGUGACCGUAGACUUCGAGGAGUGCCUGAAGGACUCGCCGCGCUUCAGGGCAGCUUUAGAAGAAGUAGAAGGAGAUGUGACUGAACUGGAACUGAAACUUGACAAGCUGGUGAAGCUUUGUAUUGCAAUGAUUGAUACUGGGAAAGCAUUUUGUACAGCCAACAAACAGUUUAUGAAUGGAAUUCGAGACCUUGCACAAUAUUCCUGUAAAGAUGCAUUGGUUGAGACCAGUUUGACCAAGUUCUCUGACACCUUACAGGAAAUGAUCAAUUAUCACAAUAUCCUGUUUGACCAAACUCAAAGAUCAAUUAAGGCACAGCUUCAGACUUUUGUUAAAGAAGAUAUUAGGAAAUUUAAAGAUGCAAAGAAACAAUUUGAGAAAGUUAGUGAAGAAAAAGAGAAUGCUCUGGUAAAGAAUGCCCAAGUUCAAAGAAAUAAGCAACAUGAGGUAGAGGAGGCAACCAAUAUUUUGACAGCAACACGAAAAUGUUUCCGACAUAUAGCUCUGGAUUAUGUUCUUCAGAUCAAUGUUCUUCAGUCUAAAAGGAGAGCAGAAAUCUUAAAAUCGAUGUUAUCAUUUAUGUAUGCCCAUCUGGCUUUUUUCCAUCAAGGCUAUGAUCUUUUUAGUGAACUUGAGCCCUACAUGAAAGAUCUUGGUGCACAGCUGGAUCAGUUGGCUGUAGAUGCUGCAAAGGAGAAGAGAGAUAUGGAGCAAAAGCACUCCACUAUUCAACAAAAGGAUUAUUCCAGUGAUGAUACUAAACUAGAAUACAAUGUAGAUGCAGCCAAUGGUAUUGUUAUGGAAGGUUAUCUAUUUAAGCGAGCCAGCAAUGCCUUCAAGACUUGGAACAGGAAAAAGCCAGAUCACAUCAGGCGCUGGUUCUCAAUACAAAAUAAUCAACUUGUGUACCAGAAGAAAUUUAAGGAUAAUCCCACAGUAGUUGUUGAAGACUUGCGGCUUUGCACAGUGAAACACUGUGAAGAUAUAGAAAGACGAUUCUGUUUUGAGGUGGUUUCACCAACAAAAAGCUGCAUGCUUCAGGCUGACUCGGAAAAGCUGCGGCAGGCAUGGAUUAAAGCUGUUCAGACCAGUAUUGCUACAGCAUAUAGAGAGAAAGGGGAUGAAUCUGAGAAACAGGAAAAGAAGUCAUCUCCUUCUUCUGGAAGCCUAGAACCUGGGAGUGAAACAAAAGAGAAGUUGUUAAAAGGAGAAAGUGCUCUACAGCGAGUCCAAUGCAUUCCUGGUAACGCUGCCUGCUGUGACUGUGGUUUGGCAGACCCUCGCUGGGCCAGUAUCAACCUAGGAAUCACGCUGUGCAUUGAGUGCUCUGGGAUACACAGGAGCUUAGGAGUCCACUUCUCAAAAGUAAGAUCUUUAACGCUGGAUUCGUGGGAACCUGAACUUCUAAAGCUUAUGUGUGAACUGGGAAAUGAUGUUAUAAAUAGAAUAUAUGAAGCAAAGUUGGAAAAAGUGGGAGUAAAGAAGCCACAACAUGGAAGCCAAAGGCAGGAGAAGGAGGCAUACAUCAGAGCAAAAUAUGUGGAAAGAAAGUUUGUAGAGAAGCAGCCUGCAUCAUUACAUCUGCUUGAAUCUGGAACAAAAGUUUUGCCUCAAAGUCAGGAAGAGAAAAGGCACAGUGUCCCUGAAAAAUCCCUUUUGGCAGGGGAACAAGGUGUGGCAUCCCUAAAAGUGCGAAGCAGUGACAGUGGGAUCCAGCAGAGUGCUGAUGACAGCAGAGAACACCUUGCCUCUACUAUAUCAGCGAACAGUUUGUAUGAGCCGGAAGGAGACAAACAAGAGUCUUCUGUGUUCUGUGACUCCAAACAGCCCAGUCCAGGAUUGCAACUGUAUCGUGCUGCCUUUGAGAAAAACCUUCCUGAUAUGGCAGAAGCAUUGGCCCAUGGAGCUGAAGUAAACUGGGUCAACAUAGAAGAAAACAAAGCAACACCACUUAUUCAGGCAGUGCGAGGGGGUUCAUUGGUUACUUGUGAAUUUUUGCUGCAGAAUGGGGCCAAUGUCAACAUCAGGGACGUGAAAGGAAGAGGACCCCUGCACCAUGCCACAGUUCUGGGACACACUGGACAAGUGUGUUUAUUCCUAAAACGAGGAGCAAAUCAGCAUGCCACUGAUGAAGAUGGGAAGGAUCCACUGAGUAUAGCAGUAGAAGCUGCAAAUGCAGAUAUUGUAACAUUGUUGCGUUUAGCAAGGAUGAAUGAAGAAAUGCGUGAAUCUGAAGGACUCUAUGGACAGCCAGGAGAUGAAAUUUAUCAGGACAUUUUUCGUGACUUUUCUCAAAUGGCAUCAAAUAAUCCAGAGAAGCUAAACCGUUUCCAGCAGUCAGAUUCCCAGAAGUCUUAAGUGUCAAGAAGGAAAAGAACCUGAUCUUUGUAGUGCAAGUCUUUUUUUACUUCAACAGAAUGAAUUGUAUGCAUUUUGUUAGAGAGUUUAGAUAAAAUGACCACUCUAAUGUAGCUGUAGAUUGUGGCAGCUGGGGAAAUGUAUGAGUUGUUUCAUGUUGCUACAGUACGUAUACCUCAGCAGCUGAAGAAAAUGUUUAAAAAAAAAAAGGAAUACCUGCUAGCUCAGUAUAAAAAUAGUAGCUGUUAGCAAGCCCCAGGUCUGUCUGCGGCCCAUACGUGAGGUUAGAGCACGGCUGAAUGCGUGGCUGAUGCCAGAUGGUGGCAUGAUCAGACCAGCUUUACUCUGUAGUAACACCUACUGUCAUCUCUCUCCCUGUUGCCAUAAAGAACGUGCCUCUGACAAGAAGGUCUGGGUUGCAUUUUCUGGGACUGUUUGGAAGGGAAAUCAGAUAAUGACUUACUGAGUUGUCCUUCUGUUCAUGAGCCUGUAACAUACCAGGUUCUCUUGUUCCUACGCUGACUCUGGUUAGAGGUAGGCUGUUAACAACAAGACAUGGUAACUCCUGCUCUUUUGCAAGCUCUUUCACAGUGGAAGCUUUAACACCAGACUGGCCUUUAUAAAGCUAGUGACUGCAGGUCAGUCACAAUAGGUGUAUAUCCUGGAGGACCAAACUUCUAAGAGCAGUCUGUUUUCUUUUUUUCUUUUUUUUUCUCAUAAAUUAAACUCUGUGCAGCAAGUACACUUUAAAAUGAGCAUGUGGAACCUUUCAUUGAAAAAUAAACUUCAUCCUUCUGGACGUGA